AUGGCUGUCGUAGUCGCAUCUAGCAAGGUGGACUAUAGCGUGACCAAAGGUGGACUUAAACUUUGGGCUGUAAUUUUAGUAUUUGUUAUACUUUGCUCGAGUCUUUAUACCUUAUUUUCUGCCAAACAAUCAGGAGAAGUGGCUUUUGAAAUUGAUGACGAUGGAAAUAUUGACUACGAUGGUGAUAUCGAUGAUGAUGGCGAUGAGAUGGCAAUGCAUAAUCGACGAGCUGAGAAGGAUACUACUCCAUCUCGAGAAUACAUUUCAGGAUCCAGAAUUAUCAAAGAAAGCAGAAAAGUUCACCAACCAGUUCAGGAUGUCUCAGAUUCUGGUGAGGAUGACAGAUUAGAUGAAGAGGAAAGAUUAGAGGAAGAAAUUCGCUUAGCUAAUCUUCGAGCUAAGGCUGAAAAAAAAUUAUCAAAAUUAUCUAAUGAACUUGAAAACAAUAAUGAGGAUGCAGAGGGUAGUGAUGAUGAUGAUGAUGAUGAAGAUGGAGAUGAUGAUGAUGAUGAUAACAAGAUUUCUGAGGAAGAUGACAAAGGUGUGACUGAAGAAGAAUAUGGUACAAAGGUACCUGAGAGAAUAGAGGGAGAGGGAGAAGAUUCUGAGAAAGAAAAGAAACAAUUACCGAAUGAAGAACUCGUGGAAAGCGAAAAGGAUGAUGGAAAACGUGACGAAGAUUCAGAAGGCAAUGAAAAAGAAGAAUAUUUCGUAAAACCAAAAUUCAAAUUAAGAAAAAAACAUCGAAUUAUACAAUCCUUUACAGCAGAUCAACCGAAACGUGAAUGUAAGCGUAAAAACUGCCCCUCUGAAAACAGUCAUCCACGAAUGUCACUGCUGAAACAAGUGCCACUUUCUAUGUCAAGUCGGAGCAAACAGAAGUCGACAAAAAGUACUUCUGAAUUGGUUCAUGAAGACGGAAGGGAUGAUGAAAGCAGUGAUAAAGACAGUGAUAGAGGCAGAAAAAUUGAUAACGGCGAUACUGAUGAAGCUGAUUUUAGCAAUUUGGCAGCUGUUAAGAAAGAAAAGCUAACUGAUGCUGGUAUUUACAAGCGUCAUGCGAUAACUAAUCGUGAUGAUCACAGAUAUCGAGAUCAGUUAGAUCGAGCAGAUUAUCUUGUUGAAAAGCAUGAUUAUCGUCCUGCAAUUGCAAUUUUCGAGAGUAUUCUGCGGAAUAAUCCCGAUAGUCCUCGAGCCCACUUUGGAAUUGCUCGAGCAAAUGAUAUCAGAAGUGAAAGUGAAUCAGAUUAUAAGUUGUUAGAUAUUGCAAUUAAUGAAUAUCAGGAAGUGCUUGACAUUGACGACACGCCUGACGCUUUGUUCAAUCAAGCAGCAUAUCGUUUAAUAGAUCGAGCUAGAUUUCGAGGUGCUUUACACCGUGUACUUCAAGCACAACGAUCUCUAAUUGAUCGUUAUCCUGAUGAUCUACAAUUGCACAACGAUCAAGGCCUGACCUUUCUAAUGAUGGGACGUAAAGAUGACGCGCGAUUGAUAUUCGAGAACGUUUUAAAGGUUUCACCAACAAAUGGCAUCGCUCAAGCAUAUUUUGGUUAUAUUUUGAAGUUGAAUGGUGAUUUAGAAAAUGGCGUAUUUUUCAUGAGGAAAGGUUUACGCAGUGCUCGUGAGGUCAUUGCUGAUCCAAGAUUCUAUUAUCACUUUGGAGAUGCACUGACAAGACUGGGUAGAAAGAAAGAGGCUUUUCAAGUGUACAGCAUUGGGGUCAAAGUUGGUCUUUUCAUAUCUCCUUAUCAAAGAUCUCUGUAUAACGUUGAGGGCUUGAGCGCUCGUCCAUGGUGGUCAGUAGAACAAACUUCGUGCUCAAAACAUCUCAAGAGUAUUGAAAGGCAAUGGGCAGCAAUUAGGGAAGAAGCAGUAUUAAUUUUGAAUAGUCAGUCACAUUUAUUUCAAAGUGAACACAAAGAACUGGUCAUCAAUGGACAAUGGUCAUCAUAUUAUUUAUACAAAAGUAAUACAUGGAAUUCUUCGAAUUGCUUACAAGCACCAAAAACUUGCAGUAUUUUGCGUUUAUUCAAAGAUUCAUGUAAUUGCUUGAAGAGCGAGAUUAAAUUUUCGCUUCUUACAAGUGGUACUAGGACUUGGCCACACUGUGGUUACUCAAAUUGUUUACUUCAAGCCCAUCUUGGUCUUGUAGUCUCAUCUGAAGCUAGAUUACGAGUAGCAGAUGAAGUUCGAGGUUGGAAAGCGGGUCGUUUCCUUAUUUUUGAUGAUUCAUUUGAGCAUGAAUUAUGGUUUGAAGGCGCAUCUGCAAAUAAAUAUCGAUUAACACUGAAGUUAGAUUUAUGGCAUCCAGAUAUAGAUCCAAUAAAAAGAGUUGAAUUUCCAAGUACUUAA